UUGAGCAUAUCCAAGAAACGCAGGUCAACAAAAAGUUCAUUAGAAAUAUUCAUAAUAUUGAUAAGCCGGCUGGAUUUGACGACAGAUUUCGACUUUGACAUUACAGACCAAGCGUAAAACGUAGAACACUCGUUAAAAACUGUUCAUUUCAUUUUGAGACGUGCUCAGAAGCGAAACACGCUUGUCAAUAGUUUUUCAAAACGAAAAUAUCUACAAGAGAAAUAAAUAAAUAUUCGAAACGCAAAAUGGUUUUCAUCACAAAAUUCGCUCGCUUUGGUGCACAGGCAGCACGCCAGCUGCGUGCCACUCCGCUGACAGUGGUCCAGUGGCGUACUUUCCACGUGAGCUGCAUGCUCGAGAAAGAGCGUCGCUAUACAAACAAACACGAGUGGGUCGAGCUGCUGGAGGCGAAUCAAGCAAUCGUUGGCAUCUCCAGCUAUGCACAGGAAGCACUCGGCGACGUUGUCUUCGCCCAGCUGCCCGAAGCAGGCACCCAACUCAAGCAGGACGACGAAUGCGGCGCCCUCGAGAGCGUUAAGGCAGCCAGCGAAGUUUACUCUCCGGUCAGCGGCAAAGUGACAGAAAAGAAUGCUCAGGUCGAGGAUACGCCAGCGCUGGUGAACAGUAGCUGCUACGAUAAGGGCUGGCUGUUCAAGGUCGAUCUGCAGAAUCCAGAUGAAUUCAACAAACUCAUGACUGAGGAACAGUAUAAAACGUUUCUAAGCAGCAACGAAGAUCAUUAGAUGUUGUUUUUGUUUGUUUUUGACACACAAAAAAAAGCAGCUUGCCUGCUGUACUCACACUAUCUGCCUUAACAAUUCAUCAAACCAAGACUCAUCCCACAAUAUCACACCACGUUGUUGUUGCAUUUGGAUUCGUUACGCUUUAAGAAUAAACUGAAAUGCCAAAAAUAUUACACUUAA